AUGGAACGGAACAACGCCACUGACCAGGCUGCUGCCAAGCAAAGCCGGAUUGAUGAGCUAAUUGCUGAACGCGAUGAACUUAGCCACACCCUGGUCCGCAUGACAGUCAGCAACCAAGCAGCAAGUCGAGGUGUCACCCCCUCUGAGACUACCCGGAGGUCUGUCAAGAUUGAUGACCCAAAACACCUCACUGACGGCAAGGAGCCAAAAUUUGAACACUGGCUCUCCCGGAUGAAGAACAAGCUCCGGGAGAACGCUGACCACUACCCUACUGAACGCAUGAGGAUUGCAUACAUCGAAAACCGGACUGAUGGGGACGCGGCACGUCACAUUGCGCCCCGUAUGAAGAGGACCACCCCGAGCGAUAUCAGACUGCAGAAGAGAUAUUUGAGCACCUCAAGUCAAUAUAUGAGGAUGCUAACAAGCUGCAAAAUGCCAAGAGGGGACUACAAGACAGACUUCAAUGACAAGCUGUCCUUUGACCUCCAGAAGAUGGUAGCAGUAGCCAAUGCGACCACUGAUACAUAUGCUGAGUUUCAGAAAAUCUGUGCGCAGGCAGCUCACACCCUCCAGACAAUCAAUGCCACCCAGAAAUCAAAGAGCUCGCGGGGAAAUGGGCCUAAUACCUUCAAACAGAACACCCUGCAGACCGCCAACAGUCAAACACCCCCCAGCAUCUCUACAACAAAAUCCCCUAUUGUGAAGGAGGCUUUGAGCUUUCGUCCGGAUAUUCAGUGCUACUACUGUAAGGAAAAAGGCCACAUUGCCAGGAACUGCCCUGCAAAGCAGAAGUCCCAGCAGGUGAUUGCUGAGCUCACAGGGAAUGAUGCCCCUGAGCCUUCAGCAGAUUCGGGAAAAGACUUUAAUGUACCAAUCAAAUUAGCCUACAAUGGAAUUGCUACUUCUACAAAUUCUCUUGCUGAUACUGGAGCAAAUGGUGCGAAUUUUAUUGAUACCCGAUAUGCCAUAGAAUUGGCAAGAUUCUUUGAUAGGAAGUUUCAAGAACUCCCAUUCAAAUGCCGCAUGAAGGGAUACAAUGGCGCCCCCGGCGGGGUGAUAGACCGCACAUUGACCCUAAACCUCUGGGUGGAUGGCCGGAGAUUUCAGAAUGUCCCUCUGCUGGUAACAGACCUAGGCCACGCACCCUACAGAAGUCAUGAAUCCAAUGCACUCUCUGCUCUCUUCGCGCAUAUGUCAUCUACUGCCAAGGCGACUGGGGAUGAACAGCUUUCCAUAAUAGAGCAUGCCUCUCCAGGUUCGCCUAACGUUUCCACAGGGAUCUCCCCCUUCCUCGCAGCAAAUGGAUAUGAACCCCGAAUGUCAUUUGACUGGCAACCACUGGCGGAGAAAUUGGACAUGAAUGAGAAAAGAAAUCGAGAAGCAGCAAGGAGCUUCAUUCACCGAAUGAGAGAGAUCUGGAACCAGGCGAGUAAAGGCAUAAAGACAGCACAGGAACAGAUGAAGAGGCAGACUGACAAGCACCAUCGAGAGCCUGACUUUGCAGUAGGAGAUUUUGUUUAUCUAACAUUGAAAUCAUACAAGAUGGAUCGACCAAGCCGUAAACUGGCAGAGCAGAAUGCCGGCCCCUUCAGAAUCCUGGAAAAGGUGGGCAAUGCCUACAAACUGGACCUCCCCAUAACAAUGAAAAUUCAUUCAAUCUUCUCCCCAGACAAGCUACGCAAGGACUCCAGAGACCCUCUACCUGGCCAGACUAUCAGACCACCAGACCCAAUUGAAAUAGAUGGUGAGAAUGAAUGGGAAAUAGAUCGUAUACUGGCCAGUAGAAUAAGCCGGAGCAAGCUGCAGUAUCGGGUGCGCUGGAAGGGGUUUGAUGAGGAUUCUUCAUGGUACCCCGCUCGCGACUUCAAAGGAUCACCACACGCCAUACGCGACUUCCAUGAGGCUAACCCUACAAAAGCUGGACCCCCAAGGCGACUAGAUGAGUGGCUGAAGGCAUGGGAGACAGACAGCUACCUGAAGGACGAGGUUGAUGACGACCUACCGGCAUGA